AUGUCGACCACUGACGCUGUCCUUCCAGAAGCCAAAAGACAGAAAAUGAUCAAGGCGCGUUCGACGAUUGGUACGCACAACGGUACCUUCCAUUGUGAUGAAGCGCUCGCGGUCUUUUUACUGCGCCAGACCAACAUCUAUCGCAACGCAGCCCUGAAACGGACUCGCGAUCCUGCUGUGCUUGCCACAUGCGACAUCGUUGUCGAUGUCGGUGCAGUAUAUGAUGAAUCUAAGCUGCUUUUCGAUCACCAUCAACGUGGUUUCACUGAAGUCUUUGGCCAUGGCUUCGAAACCAAGCUUUCCUCAGCCGGAUUGGUGUACAAGCACUUCGGGAAGGAAGUCAUCGCCAAUAGGAUACAACUUCCUCUCGACAACCCAAAAGUGAACAUUCUCUGGCUCAAGAUGUACAAAGAGUUCAUCGAAGCCAUCGAUGGUAUAGAUAAUGGUGUUUCGCAAUACCCCAAUGACAUCAAGCCAAAGUACCGCAGCCGUACCGAUUUAUCCAGCCGCGUUGGGGGCCUCAAUCCGUGGUGGAACCAGCCCACUGACGCGCAGUCAGUUGACGUUCGUUUCGAGAAAGCUUCUCAGCUCGCUGGAACCGAAUUCCUUGAAAAAUUCGACUACUAUGCCAAUGCCUGGCUUCCAGCUCGGGAUUUGCUCAUCUCUUCGGUCGCAACUAGCAAGGCACAAUUUGACCCAACCGGAAAGAUUAUCCUGUUCGAGCAAUUCCUCCCGUGGAAGGAACACUUGUUCGAGUUGGAGGCAGAUGACCGCAUCCCUGUUGUGGAACCCAACCAAGCUAUCUAUGUUGUAUACCCUGAUGAAACUGCCAACAACUGGCGCGUUCAGGCUGUUCCAGUCUCGUCCGAGAGCUUCGAGAGCCGCAAGGCUUUGCCCGAGGCCUGGAGGGGUUUGAGGGACGAUGAGCUUUCCAAGGCUUCCGGGAUUGAAGGCGGUAUUUUCAUUCAUGCGUCUGGAUUCAUUGGAGGCGGGUUUUUCUUGUUUGAUGGCAUGGCAUCUUGUACUCAACGUUGUGCUACAGGCAACAAGACCAAGCAAGGUGCACUCAAGAUUGCUCAGGCUUCCCUCGCAAUGUAA